AUGCUGCGCCCUUGUCUCUCGAUCCAGCCGCCCCCAAAUUAUUGUUGGGGGGCAAAACGCUCGCGGACGAACAACAACAACUGGAGGGACUGGUCCAACCUAGACGAUGGGCCGUUAGGUCUGAUCGCUGAGCGCGUUCUCGCAUUUGACGUCACCGACUAUCUCCGCUUCCGUGCCGUGUGCCGUCCAUGGCGGCACUGUUCCACAGAACCGCACACCCAUGGCGGGCUUGACCGCCGGUUCCAUCCCUGGCGGUGGGUACUGCUCCGCGAACCACUAGCUGCUCCAAACCGCCGUUGCUUCCUGAACUCCUUCACCGGCGAGUUCAUCCAAGUGGACCUCCCGGAGCUCCUUGACCAUGAGCUUCUUGCUGUCACCCCGGAGGGCCUCCUUGUCCUGUUCCAUGACCACAACCACGUCCGCCUGCUCAACCCACUCACGCGUCACGUCACAGAGCUACCACCGCUCACCACGCUGCUUCCUUCUAAACACCAUGUCAUGCUUUCCUAUUUCAACAUAGACGACUUCUUAGCGACAGGCUCUGGCAUUGCUAGUGAUGAUUCAACAGUGGUGCUCUGCUUCAAUAGGUUCCGCAUUCUUGGCAUGGCAAAGCCCGGUGAUGACCACUGGAUUUUGCUGAAGUACAACCAUGAUGGGUUCACAUACACACCCUUAAUGUUUGCAGGGCGCUUCUACUAUGUUAAGGUUGAUGGUGUCAUGGCGCUGCAAAUCUGUCCUAACCAGCCACCACGGCUGGAGGUGGCUGCCAAGCUGAAUAUGCAUGUCUCACCAAUUUCGGAAGGGUUGCACCUCGUCAACAGUUGUGGUGACUUGAUGCUGAUCCACCGUCAGACUGUUCCAUUGACGUCGCUGGAUAAAUCGUGUUAUCAGUAUGACAUGUAUCGAGUGAAUUUGGAUACCGGAACACUAUUACCAGUCAAGAGCUUGGGUGGUGGCGCAGGGCGAGCGAUGUUCUGGGGCAUGCAUUGCUCUUUCUCGGUGCCUCUAGAGGUUUUUCCCUCUGGCUCCAUUAGCGCUGACACCAUCUACCCGAGCUUUGACUUUACUGAGAGAAGCCUGUUAGAAGUUGGAGCAUAUCAUCUCCUGGAUGGACACAUUGAUCGACCAUCUGGCUUGUUGCAGCGGCCGAAUACUCUGGUUGACUGUCUAUCUUUGUCCAAUACGGUUGAUGAUGAGUAG